AUGCAGCAGGCGGACGGCCAAGCUGUCACGGAAGAAUGCUGGCGUGCAGCGGUCCCGCUGCAGGUUCACCUGGCGGAGAACGAGGUGUCCUCCCUAGAACAGCCGCCGGUGCUGUAUUUCCUAGUGCCCCGUCAGAGCUACCUGCACAGCGUGGUGCCGCGGGCGCUGGCGCUGCUGCAGCACCUGCUGCCGCCGGGCGAGCUAGCGCCCUGGUUUGAGCACGGCCACCUGCCGCUCAAGUGGGGCGUGCCCGCUGGUGUUCUGUACGACUUGGUGGCGGCGCCCGGCGGCGAGCUGCCCUGGCGGCUGACCAUCCACUUCCGCGGCUUCCCCGACAGGCAGCUGGCUGCGUAUGGCGGCGAGUCCGCGCUGCGGGGCGCCUUCUUCGGUUCCCUCAAGGAGGCCGCCUGCAUCGCGCGCGGCAGCGCGCAGCGCGAGGACCUGUGGUGCCAGGUGCUGGCCGGCAGCCUGCAGCCCUACAGCCAGAUACUCGCCUCCCUGCAGCUGGCGCCGGUAGCGCAGAGGGGCGGCCGCCGGCCGGCCGUGCCGCUGCGGCUCUAUGUGCGGCGGGAUGCGGGAGGUUAUCUGAGCAGCUACGAAGACAUUGCGGCCACCUCCCGGCCGGUGGAGGCGGAGGCGGCAGACGGCGGCAGCAUCAGCCUGCGCGAGGUGCUGCUGCCGCUGCUGGCAGAGUGCCUGGCGGCGGGCGGCGGCGCCGCAGCAGGCAAGGCAGCCCCUGCAGCGCAGUCGUUGCCCAGCACGCCAGUGGGCAGAAGCAGCAGCGCGGCGGGGGAUGGAGGCGCCAGCGGCAGCGAGCCCGGUGCCGGUACGGGCGCUGAAGGGCUCGUUGCGCCGACGGCAGCAGAGGAGGCAGCAGGUGCAGCGGAGGCUGAGCCUGGCCAGGAUGCUCCCGACCAGCAAUCCAGCGGCGCACAAGCAGCAGCAGAAGAAGCAGAUGGGGCGGUGCAGGCAGCGGCCGAGCCGGAUGGAACGGCGGCGGCGGCAAGCUGGCUCGAGGCGGCAGCCGCAGAGCGGCGCCUGCUGGUGGGCGGGGUCACGCCGCCGCUGGAUGCGCCCUUGGCCUGGCUGCAUGCCCACCUGCACGCAGCAGACUACUUCCUGUACAUUGUGGUGCAUGCUGCGGGGGCUUGA